CCUCACUCCUCUAAUUAAUUUUGUUCAUGUUUAUUAUUAGCCAGCGUAAGUUAAUGAGUCGUGAGGGAGGUGGCUUCGCGUUUACUGCUGCCACAAGCACAGCUCACAUCGUUUAUUUGUGCGCCUGACGCGCGCUGGAGCGCACGCACAGCCCGCCUGUCCACGAGCGACUUCAAGUUCAGAGAGAACUCCUGAGCACGCUUCAACUGACCCAUUCCAGCUGCGCAUUCAGCUUUAUUCGGUACUAAAGCAGUACUUUAGAAAAAGCAUGGCAUGGUGACUGAGAGGAACGGAGGGAUUCUGUCUUCGGCGUCUUUUGUGGAGAUUCAGCGUUGAAUGAAACUGUCUGCAAAAUUAGCUGUCAAACGCGCAGGAUGUGUCGAGUGUCGCAAAAGUAGAGCUGUUUAAUCGACUAUCAACAAACUUCAGUUACUUUGACUGACAUUGGCACGUCAUGGCAUCAGUGUCGUGGAGACACGCGCUUUUCUUCUUGCUAGCUGUCAAUCUGUCUGUGCUGACUACAGCAUGCAGUGGUCACUAUGGCAAUGUCAUUGAGGAGUUCUGCCUGGCCAAGUUCAAGCUGGACAUGGAGGUUCUCGAUCAGCGCCAGUGGUGCAGCUGGGAGGACACAGUUGAGUCCUAUGGAGAACUGACCAACUGCACGUUCCUGGUGGCUCUGAAGAUGAACUGUUUCUGGCCCAACCGAAUGGUGGACGAAUUCUUCAUCCGGGUGCACAGGCACUACUUCCAUGACUGCUCAAUGUCUGGACGGCUGCUUCACGAUCCACCCAAUCGGAUCUUGGGGCCUUUUAUUGUGGUGCCCAUUCUGGUGACGCUACUCAUGACUGCCCUAGUGGUGUGGAGGAGUAAACGCAGCGAGGGUAUCGUAUAAUCGAUAAACUAACCAAGUACCUCCACACUGAACAAUAGAGAAGGAGACUUACAUGGACUACAAGCACUAAGAAAGACUUGUUUCUCAUCAAGUGGUUGUAUAUCCAAACACUUAUAGUGAAUGCGGACACUGUGUUAUCUGCACACAGAUAACAUACCAGUCAUUUAUACAGAAACUGCACUAUUUCUUUGAGGUAGUUUUUAACUAAAUGUUUUGUCAUGCCAGUAUUCUGUUAGUAAAACCGAUCUCCAGUCUAGAUGCAAGUCAUUAUCAUGAUGACGGAUAAGUUUCACCUUGGAUGGACACACACUGAAGGGAGGACACUGUUAUUCCCACACUUUCGACAAACCUUUACCAUCAUGUGAGCAUUGGACAUUGAACAAACCUUUUUGUGUCACCCUCAAUGCAUUUCACUCUCAUAAAUGUGCUUUGUGCCAAAUGAUGACACUCAUUCAUUCAUUCAGUCAGUCAUUCAGGAUUAGUAUUCUUUUGUUGAUUU